AAUGUUUUUUUCUUUCUUCCUUUGAUAAAUCAAAUUCAAAGAGGUGAACAUUGUAUUAGUUCUUGCUGAACUAAUACAAUGUACUCUAAAACCAACACUUCGUAACGAUGAGAAGCAAUGUUUUCGCUUCCACCGCUUUUACAAACAGCACCCAUCAGCUACCACCAUUGCCUCUACAGCUGCAUGUAACGUUGCGAUGUUCUGACGUCACGUAGGUGAGUGACGUCAGACAGGAACCAGUCGGAGGAAUCAAGAUGGCGUCCCACGCUGAAGCAGGAAAGAGAUUUCACCAUAAAUAAAACUCUUUCUGAGAAUAGUUUACAUUUGAGUGCCAUUCCGGCAAGACAUCGUUUGGAUUUCGAAAAAAACAGGCCGGAGCAGAUACAGAGUCUCUAAAUGGCUGCGAGGAAGUCUGGAUCAGAUGCAUACAACAAUGGACCCAUCAGCUACCUUGAUGAAGUUCCCUUCAAGAUCAAUGAUAAAUUCCACUGCCCAGCCAAAGUGGGACUUCCUGUCGGUUUCUGUCUGCCAGACUGCAACUCUUUGCUGUUGGACUCGCAGUAUGACUUUUCUCUGGAGAGACUUAGUGUGCGCUGGGGGGUUCAACUGGCUGAGGCCAGAGAAGCAGAAGCCAGAGCAGAAGAGGCCGCAGCCAAGCAGGAGGCAGAGAGCAGGGAGUGCUCGGCACAGGCCCAGGACAUGGAUGCUGGUGGUGGGAAGAGGCCCCGGUCAGCCGCAGAUGACCAGGACCUUCUACCGCCAGCGUUGAACCCCGUUCUGGCAGGGCUGAGCCACAACGCCAUCCUCACUCCAUUGCCCGCACCAAGCCUUGGCCCCAGAAAAAUCCAGCCCAGCACUCCCCAGCUGCACAGCCUCAACCUAGCUGACUUUGAGCGGGAAGAGGACCCCUUUGACAAGCUGGAGCUCAAAACUUUGGACGAUAGGGAGGAGCUCAGGAACAUCCUCCAGAGCCAACCCCAACCCCAACCCCAACCCCAAGCCCAACCCCAAGCCCAACCUCAAUCUCCUCCCUCUGUGUCCCCGCCCGAGGUCCCCCCGACAGGCUCAGGGUCGCGUGGAAACAGCCCGUCUCCUCCCAGAAUCAACACCAGCCAGGUGUCCAAAUCUGGCUUUUCCCAUAAACCCAAUGGGUUAAUUUCCUUGCUGGACAUGGACAGAGUCGGGCACCCUGGUAGAACGGGGUUCGACACCGACGACCGGCCCUGUAACAUCCGCUCUCUCACUUUCCCCAAGCUCUCUGACUCUGGUGACCCAGAGCCAGUGAGGUACAGCCCGCUCCCUGCUCCCCGACAGCAGCUGACCAAUGGCAGCCCACCGGCUACACCCAAGACCCAAGUUAUUAUUGGCCCCGAGCCAACCAGCCACUCUAAGGGCGGCGCACCAAAACCGGCCAACCCUGGGUCCGGGUCUGCUGGUCUGCCAUGUGGUGGAGCGCUGCUCAGCAUGACCCCCAGCGAGCGUCAGUGUGCGGAAACACUUGUAGGCAUGGGCUACUCUUAUGAAGGUGUCCUCCGGGCCAUGCAGAGACAAGGGCAGAAUGUGGAACAGGUGCUGGACUACCUGUUUGUCCAUGGGCGCCUGUGUGAUCGGGGCUUCGAUGCAAUUGCAGUGGAGGAAUGUUUAGAGAUGUAUCAAUGCUCAGAGGAAAAGGCUUUGCAGUUCCUUGAGCUAAUGUCAAGAUUUGGCGAAAUGGGAUUUCAGCGGGACGCCAUCAAAGAGGUGCUGCUGGUCCACAACAACGAUCAGGACAAGGCCCUCGAGGACCUGAUGGCUCGGGCAGCAGCGAGCUGAACAAAUCUAACCAGCCAACCAGAGCCCAACCCAGGGCUCGCCUCCCGCUACUACCCAACACAGCCCCUUUCCUUCUGCCCACCCUAUCGCACUAUGCCCUGCCCUCGCUUUGGCUGUGGAAGGGACAGCUGGGAGACGCUUAUAUUUCUCUCCGUGCUAAAACGUACCGCGUCCCAGCUCUUUUAAGAGCGUGUGCCCAGAGUGGGGUGGUUAAAAGGCUAACAAUCUGGUGGCGGUGGGUUAUUUUUCUGAAGAAAUUCUGGGGUUAGUGUCCAGAAUCUUUUUUUUUUUUUUCUACUGCAAAGUUGUACGAGAAUGAGAUGAAUGACUGCGCUGGGAUUGAGAAACUGGAUAAAAAGACGGCCCGAUUGGCUUCUUCUGGGAAGUUCACCUGUCUGUGGGGAAAAAACUGCAGGACCGAACGGGGAGCUGGUGACCUCACAGACCAAUUUGAACUCCUGAAACUCCCAAACGUCUAAGCGGCCAUCUUCCACUGCUUCGUGCCAACCUACUUAAUGGCGGCGAGGAUCGGGGGCUUGAUGAGGCUCUCUUUAAACUGAACCAACUCAAAUUAAAAGUACAAAAAAAAACAACUAAAAGAAGAAAUCCAGACUGUCGCCAGACACCCGACUCUCAAGAAGUGCCCUCUCUGCUCUGGUGCCCCGCACCCACUACUUUAUUCUUUCAUUAAUUCAUGUCUGUUUAUCUGUUCAUUUGGGCGCUUUUUCAUGUCUGCAAGAUCCAAUUCUGUUGAUUUCCGUUAUAGGAACGGCAUAAUAUAUCCUUAGUCAUUAUUACUUACUUACAAUAAGCGAUGCUAUUGUCCCAGUGCGUUCUUCAUUCUGCACUGGAAGGGCGUUUUAAAAGGAGUGGGGAGAAAUCUGGAACUAUUCAAUAAUCCACUGGCACUGAUGUGUCACUAACAGCACACAGGCGUGCGCUCAUGUUUUGUGAUUAUCAUCUUGUUUAAUAGCACACUGAAACUUUCAUUUAAAAAUAACUAAUUUGAUCUGAUAAUGUAAGAUAUGUCAACAGACGUGUAACUGUCAAGGACUUCUGUUUGCAGACUGGGGAAGAGUUUGGAAAAAUAAAAUGUAAGUGGGUUGUUUUUGCAGCCACGUUACAGUGCAAUAGAGACAUUUCACCUUGUGUUACUCUUGACUCAAGUAAUUGUUGGGAAAUAAAUGUCAGACACAUUUGGAUGUGACUAGUAUAGGUUUGAUUACAGUGAUCACUAUCAUUUAUUCUGUUUUUGGGAUUCAUGCCACACAAUCUAUUCAAACAUUUUGUGUGAUAUGAAGUGAUGUUAUCACAUAAGGCAGGGUCAUCUUGAUUUUAGCUUUCUCUCCAUUUCCACAUCUUAAUCUUAAAGUUACCAGAAUUUGUCACCACAAGCUUAAAGCAUUUCCUCUUAUGUUAAUUGGUUAUAGUUUUUCAAAAGAAUGCCGGGAUCCUUCAUUUUCAUGGUGUGUGUCUGAGUUUUACAGUUUUACAUAAAUGUUUUUAAAAGCAUGUCUGCUCAGUUACACCAAAGGUAAGGAUGGCAGGUUCUUCCUGUAGUCUUGAUUUCUGUGUUCGUGAUAGAGACUGUGAGAUGUGUGGUAGAAGAUUAGGGAUUCAAAGUCUGCUCAAUGUGACUUGACAAAGUGGCACUUUGUUUGGGACCAGUCCAGUGCUUUGUUUCUCAUGUUUCACAAAUGCAAAGAAAUACAUUUUCUAAACACAAGUUUAUUUUAGAACAACUCGUGGUUUCUAGAAAAACUAUCGGAUGGUUUAUUUCCAAAACAGAUCUAAUUGUACCACGUAUGGCAAAUAUACAGUACUGGUGGGGGAAAACAACACGACGCAGGCGAGGUGUCAUGUUAGACGUAGCAUCCUUUUUCCGAGCCAGCGUUUUGUCGGAUGUGUGGUUGAUGUGAUCAACAAAUAAGUAUUUUUACCCAGUCUUUAUUUGAGUUGCCUUCCCUUUUGAUUUACUGUGAAAGAGAAGAAAGUUAAACUUUCUUUACAGGCAAACACACAAGUGGUAUUAUUGUCGCCUUACAUAACUCAUAGAUGAGGGUUGGUUUCCACAAUCGUAUAUAAUUCCUGUUAAAGUUAAUUUCCACUUGCCUCUCCUCUGACACACAAGUGGGAGUGAAUGCAGUGCUGCUGGUUCUGGACCUCCUCCAUCAAUGCCUCCUCCACUUCUGUUACAAUCUCCUUAUUGUGGAGAUGAAUCGCAAGUAGGCUGUUAUUAAUUAGGGUAUCAUCAAGGGUUCAUGCAUCAGAUCCAUUUCUAAGUCGCAGCAUAAUUCAAUAUGUAAUAUCUCAAUGGUAUAAUAAGAGUUGGCUGAGUUGAGUGUUCUUUCCCAAGCUCCUGAAAUGUGAUUUGCAAAAUGUUUAAUUUGCUCUUGAAUGGUUCGGAAAAUCCUCACAAUUAAAUGUGCAUCUUUUUAGUGGUGAGACCGUUAA